CGAGCGUGCCGGGCAAGCCCUAAGACUUGCCUGGCAAUGCCAUGUUUGUGUGCGUGCUCUAACUCGGGGAGAGCAAUUAGGGAGACGGCUCCCCGGCCGGACUUGGCUCAUGUUUUCUUGUUUCUGUUUCAGCCUUCAGGAUAAUUCCUUCAGCAACGCCGCUGUGACUGAGUGUGACGAAGACACCGUCUCUUUCCAUGAAGACCAGGAUGACUGCUCUGGGCUCAGAGAUGAAAACAAUAAAGAGAACCACCCACAGGCGGGGCCUCGAAUAGAUGAACUUGCUCCACCCUCCCAUGAUGCCCAGCGGCAUGUAGAACAGACCCUGCUGGUGGAUGGAGUGCUGAGACCCAGUAUGGGCAACUUCAAGUCCCGAAAACCCAAGUCUAUCCUCAGAACCGAGAGUGGCAGGAACCACGGAGAAGGCCAGGAGACAGAGCAUGUGGUGCCCAGCCAGUCAGAGUGCCAGGGUAGAGCGGGAACCCCGGCUCAUGAGAGUCCACAAAACAACGUCUUCAAGUGCCAGGACACGGUGCGACUUCAACCAAGAAUAGACCAGAGGGCUGCCAUUUGGCCAAAGGAUGCCUUUGGAACUCAGCAGGACUUAAAUGAGAAUUCCUUCCUGAAGCUCCAAGCCCUCGAAUCUGAUCUGUGCUCCGCGUUUCUGACGAACCAGGAAGAAGAUGGCCAGGUGCACGGAGUUAAGGACGCAGCCCCAGCUUCCACCCAGAGCGUGCCUGCUGAUGCGGUGGAUUCUGCAGACCCCAUGCCAGCUAACAGAGAUGCACAGAGUGACGCCGAUGGUAUGCCAGAAGACCUUCAGUCUGCUGGGACCAGCAGGCUGCUCUAUCACAUCACUGACGGUGACAAUCCAUUGCUGUCACCGCGAUGCUCCAUCUUCAGCCAAAGUCAGAGGUUCAACUUAGACCCUGAAUCAGCCCCGUCUCCACCCAGCAGUCAGCAGUUUAUGAUGCCACGAAGCUCUUCCAGAUGCAGUGGUGGGGAUGGCAAGGAGCCCCAGACCAUUACUCAGCUCACUAAGCACAUCCAAAGCCUCAAGAGGAAAAUUCGGAAGUUUGAAGAAAAGUUUGAACAAGAAAAAAAGUAUCGGCCGUCACAUGGGGACAAGACCUCAAACCCUGAAGUUCUGAAAUGGAUGAAUGAUUUGGCCAAAGGACGCAAACAGCUCAAAGAACUGAAGCUGAAGCUGUCGGAACAGGGGAGUACCCCCAAAGGCUCUCAGAGAAACCUGUCCUGUGAGCAGCCUCCGGUCCCCAGAGAGAAUGGCAAGUUGGAAGCUGUGGGCCCAGAGCCAAGCUCCUCGGGAGAGGAGACUUCAGACGCUGUGAUGUUGGAGAAGAGAGAACAGAUUCCUCCCGAGGAUGAUGUGAAGGUAGCUAAGCAAGACAAGAACCUCAUAAAGCCUCUUUAUGACCGAUGCAGAAUUAUCAAGCAAAUCUUGUCAACACCGUCCCUUAUCCCAACAAUUCAGGAGGAAGAGGACUCUGAUGAAGACUGUGCCCAGAGAAGCCAACAGCCUUCUUUACCAGCUCCAGUGUCCCGCCUUCCUGUCGGUGAUCACCUCACCUACUCCGAGGCAGAGCCUAUGAAGACCCUGCUACCAGAUGAAAAGAAAGAAGGAAAGCAGCCAACUCUCUCCAUGUCCAACUUACACGAGGCCACCAUGCCAGUCCUUCUUGACCAUCUCCGAGAAACUAGGGCUGACAAGAAGAGGCUACGGAAAGCCCUGCGAGAAUUUGAAGAACAAUUUUUUAAGCAGACGGGAAGAAGCCCACAGAAGGAAGACAGGAUGCCAAUGGCAGACGAGUACUAUGCGUACAAGCACAUAAAAGCCAAACUGAGACUCUUAGAGGUCCUCAUCAGCAAGCAAGAUGUGGCCAAAACCAUCUGAGGUUCGGUUCUGAUCACCUCCACCCAAGACAAAGUCGAGUUGAUCCUCCUCUACUGUUCUUGCUAAGUAGUUUUGAUGUACUGAAAACGGAAGCACUUUAGAGAUAGUAUUAGCUGGUUUUUUUU